AGGCCUUCCAGGAGGAAGCAAACACUAAACACACCCACACACGCACAAACAAAAAGGUGGAAAAGAAUAAAGAGAGCAGGGCUCGUGGCGAGCAGAGGCUCCGCUCGGCCGCUGCGCAGGCCUCCGACACUCCCCCGGCUGGCCCGGCGCGGCGCCCUCAGCCUGGCACUGGGUGUUUUCAGGUGUCAUUUUCUUCAACGUUGAACCCAGGUUGAACUCAUCUCCUGAAGAGCACCCACCGCGCGAGCCGUGCGCUCUCAAGGACCCCACACAUUCCUGCCGCUCACUCCGCCUCCUGUGAGCUGCUUCUGUGCCGGGACCAUGGCCCAAGUAGCGACAUCCUCCCUGCCCACUGGAGACGAGUCCGCAGACGGCAGGAUGGUGGUGACGUUCCUCGUGUCUGCACUGGAGUCCAUGUGCAAAGAACUGGCUAAGUCCAAGGCUGAAGUGGCCUGCAUCGCAGUGUAUGAGGCGGAGGUAUUUGUAGUGGGAACUGAGAAAGGCUGUACCUUUGUCAACCUGAGGAAGGACUUGCAGAAAGACUUUGCAGACUACUGUGUUGGGGAAACGCUGAGUGAGGAGAAGCCCCCAUGUCCCACAAAUGGGACACAGGUCCACCCAGGAGAGACAGAAGUACUCAGGAAAGCAGUGGAGGACUAUUUCUGCUUUUGUUAUGGUAAAGCACUGGGGACGGCAGCCCCAGUGCCUGUUCCCUACGAGCAGAUCCUGCGUGGUGAGGCGGCUGUGGUGGUGCAGGGUCUUCCAGAAGGACUCGCCUUUCAACACCCCGACGAUUAUGAUCUCUCAACGCUGAAAUGGAUAUUGGAAAACAAAGCAGGGAUUUCAUUCUCCACAAAGAGACCUUUCCUAGGUGCAGAGAGCCAAGUGGGUGACCAAGGGACCCUGACAGCUGCUGAGAGGCCACUGUUACCACUGACUGACAGCUGUGGUCCCGUCAAUGUGAAAGCUGAACCCAUGGAAGAGUCCCGCACGUCUCCAAAGGCAGCAGCUGUGUCUGUCAAGACAGAGUCAGAAGACCCCAGUUUCUCUCAGGGUACUGUGCGCGGCAGCCACCGUUCCUCCACAAGCAGUGACGUCAUAGAAAUGGAGCUGCCAGUGGAAGAGUCUGCUCAGCUGGCCCCAGAAACAGACGAGGACCCUGAAGCAGAUGUGAAAAUGGAAGGAAGUGCAUUCCCACCCACUAUUUCAAAAUCUGCAGCCGGUGUUGAGGACCUUAAGAUUGUACAGGUGUUGAUUCCAGACAGUGAGAAGGAAAGAUCGUCAAGCAUGGAAAAAAUUAAACAGCUACGAGAACAAGUAAAUGACCUCUUUAGUAGAAAAUUUGGGGAGGCAAUCGGUGUGGAUUUUCCUGUGAAGGUUCCCUACAGGAAAAUCACUUUCAACCCUGGCUGCGUAGUGAUUGAUGGCAUGCCCCCGGGGGUGGUGUUCAAAGCCCCAGGGUACCUGAAAAUCAGCUCUAUGCGACGGAUCCUGGAUGCUGCAGACUUCAUCAAGUUCACAGUCCUCAGACCACUACCUGGCCUUGAGCUUAGUAACAUGUUUGGAAAACGAAAGAUAGACCAAGAGGGCCGCAUGUUUCAAGAAAAGUGGGAGCGUGCGUAUUUCUUCGUGGAGGUGCAGAAUAUCCCUACGUGUUUAAUAUGCAAACAGAGCAUGUCUGUGUCCAAAGAGUACAACCUACGACGCCACUACCAAACCAACCACAGCAAGCACUACGACCAGUUCACGGAGCAGGUGCGCGACGAGAAGCUCCGGGAGCUGAAAAGGGGACUCCGGAAGUACCUCUUGGGCUCCUCGGAAAUCGUGUGUCCUGAGAAAAAGCUUGCCCUGGCAAACGCACGCCCACCUGAAAACCACACUGCCGCACAGCCCAUAGAGGAGGUGGCCGGGAGCCUGUGGGAGAAGUUACGGGAGAAGAUCAGAUCUUUUGUGGCAUAUUCGAUUGCCAUCGAUGAGAUCACAGAUCUAAAUGACACCACUCAGCUGGCCAUCUUCAUCCGUGGGGUGGAUGACAGUUUUGACGUGUCUGAAGAACUUCUUGAUACAGUUCCCACGACCGGCAUCAAAUCUGGAAAUGAGGUAUUUUCACGUGUCGAGAAGAGUCUUAAGAAGUUCUGUAUUGACUGGUCUAAACUGGUCAGCGUGGCUUCCACAGGCACCCCAGCCAUGGUUGACACAAACAACGGGCUGGUGACCAAACUGAAGUCUAAGGUGGCCACGUUUUGCAAGGGCUCAGAGCUCAAAUCCGUGUGUUGUAUCAUCCACCCAGAGUCCCUGUGUGCCCAGAGGUUAAAGAUGGAGCAUGUCAUGACUGUGGUCGUGGACUCGGUGAACUGGAUUUGCUCACGAGGCCUGAACCACGGCGAGUUCACCACUCUGCUCUAUGAACUGGACAGCCAGUACGGCAGCCUCCUCUACCACACGGGAAUCAAGUGGCUCAGCCGCGGGCUGGUCCUCAAGAGGUUCUUUGAAUCACUGGAAGAGAUUGACUCCUUCAUGUCCUCUCGGGGCAAACCCGUGCCCCAGCUGAGCUGCCGAGAUUGGAUCAUGGACUUGGCCUUCUUAGUGGAUAUGACAACACACCUUAACACCUUGAACAUCUCUCUCCAAGGACACUCACAGAUCGUGACCCAAAUGUACGACUUCAUCCGGGCGUUCCUAGCCAAACUCUCCCUCUGGGAAACUCACUUGGCCAGGAAUAACCUGGCUCACUUUCCCACACUGAAAUCAGUUUCCAGAAAUGAAAGCGACAGCCUGAAGUACAUUCCCAAGAUUGUGGCCCUUAAGGCUGAGUUCCAGAAACGAUUCUCUGAUUUCGAAGAGUAUGAGAGAGAACUCGCCCUCUUCAGCUCCCCAUUCUCCACUAAGAUCGAAAGUGUGCGUGAGGAGCUGCAGAUGGAAGUGAUUGACCUGCAGUGCAACACGGUGCUAAAGACCAAGUUUGACAAGGUGGGCAUCCCGGACUUCUACAAGUGCCUGUGGCGCAGCUACCCCAGGUACAGAAGCCACUGUGCCCGAAUCCUGUCCAUGUUCGGCAGUACCCACAUCUGCGAGCAGCUCUUCUCCAUCAUGAAACUGAGCAAGACCAAAUACUGCUCCCAGCUGCAGGGCUCAGGGUGGGGGUCCACGCUCCAGGGAGCCACAUGACGAAGGGAAGCUCCCAGCAUGCGGGCACAGUGGCCCACGCCAGGAAUCCCACCACGUGGCUGGGAGGAGGAUCAUCAGUUCAAGAUCGGCCUGGGCUACACAGUGAGACUGUGACUCAGAAAAAAAAGACAGAAGCCCAGCGUGGUGGUGCUCACGCCUUUAAUCCCAGCACUCAGGAGGCAGAGGUAGGAGGAUCGCCAUGAGUUCAAGGCCACCCUGAGACUACAUAGUGAAUUCCAGGUCAGCCUGAACUAGAGUGAAACCCUACCUCGAAAAAAGAAAAAAAGACACAGAGAGGUGGGUGGAGGGAAAAUAUGGUUGUACCCCUAUACCCCCAUGGUGUCUAAACCCAGAAUGGCCAAUCUCAAGGUCCAAGAGAUUGUGAGAUGAAAUAUUAAAUAUUUCAGUUUUUCUACUUUGAAUCGGAAACAUAACAUGCAAUAUCAUACCUCUGUAUAUCACAUUUUUAUGCCUUGCCAUACCUCAGGUGAAAAAUCAAGAAACUUCUGUUGUAUUUUGA